AAAAUAUUGUGAUAGCUAGAAAAAGAAUAACUAAAGCACUUUCAUAGGCCCCAUUACUUGUCCCCCUCAAUUUAGCUCCCCCAUUGAUGUGAUCUUCAUCUUCCUCUAUCUUCUCUGCAAAUUUGUUCUUCUCCUCACCUUUUCUUCUUUGAUUAGGUAAAUACAAUGAUGUCAAUCAACAAAGGGAAGGAAGUAGCUGAAGGCUCUUCAAUACUAGCCACUGUUGCUGGUACUGCUGAUGGCGCUCGUGUUGGUGCUGGUGGUGUUGGUGAUCAGCGGAAUCCGCCACCGUUGAGCCGAUACGAGUCACAGAAGCGAAGAGAUUGGAACACUUUCGGUCAAUACUUAAGGAACCAAAGGCCACCGGUUGCACUUUCGCAGUGUAACGCCAAUCAUGUCCUCGAAUUUCUUCGUUAUCUCGAUCAGUUCGGCAAGACUAAGGUGCACUUACAAGGUUGCGUGUUCUUCGGGCAACCGGAACCGCCGGGGCCAUGCACGUGCCCGCUUAGACAAGCUUGGGGUAGCCUCGAUGCUCUCAUCGGUCGGCUCCGGGCUGCGUACGAGGAGAAUGGCGGGUUACCUGAGACCAACCCUUUUGCCAGCGGUUCUAUAAGGAUUUACCUUCGUGAAGUGAGGGAUUCCCAGGCUAAAGCUCGGGGAAUUCCUUAUAAGAAGAAAAAGAAGAAGAGGAAUCCAUUGAAGGCUAACGAAGUUAGCUCAAGCUUCCCAAUUCAGCAACCUUGAUUCUCUUAUGGUCCUAAAAUAAAAUUCCAAGAGCUUGAAUCAGUUUGCUACUGGGAAAUCAGCAAUCGUUUCCUCCUUGGAUCAAGAUACUGGUAGAUGGCUAGUUCAUCAGCACUGCGUUUAUUGUUUUAAAUGAGAAUCAAAGCGGGAAAGGGGACAAUAUAUAUAAAUAUUUAUGGAUAUAAACUGGAGUUGAAGAGG